CUUCCUGCACCGGCCCCGCGGCCCCGCGCUGUCCCGUUACCCGCUCCCAGCGCCCUGUCUGCGGGUCCACGCCGCCCCGGAGCCCCGCCAUGGCACCGUAACACCCGGAACAAAGUCUGCAGCCGCCGCACGGAGUGGUGAUGCGUCUGGAUUCUGCACCAAUCAGCAUCGAGCAUUUCAAGAGGACGGAUCUGCGUUCGAGGAGGACGCCCCAACAUGACAUGGAGUCCUCAACUUCAGUGCCCAAAACAAAGAUGGCGUCGCCCUCAACCCCUCAGCACCCCGCUGCGCCCGUUUCCAACCAUUCAAAUAUUCUAGAGACUUUUAAAACGCCCGAGAACGCUAUGAAAACGCAACUUUCGCCGGUCCAGUGUCCACCCCACGACAGCACCAGCGUGGAAGGAGUUCUGCAAUCUACUAUAGUUAACAAAAACGCCGCCGUGUUGCCUUCAAUGCCCCAGAAUGACAAAAAAUCUCCCACAUUUUUACCUGACAUUUCCAAGGAUUACAACAUAUCACCCACAGUCGUGAAAAAAUCAGCUUUGUUGGACAGAAACGCUCUAGAGAUGCCUUCAGUGACCGCAAACAACUUGGAAAUCUCUUCGCUGACCAGUAAAGGACUUAAGAUGGCUUCUUCAAACGAAACUGAAGCUAGAUUAUCGCCAAAAAGUGACUUAAAUACUGCGUCAGAUUCUAAAAAUGCAAUGGGAGUGGUCCUAACUUGUCACGAUAGACUGGAAACCGCACUGACGCCAACAAAUAUCAUUGAAUACAAGUCUAUGGGCAAUAUCGACAGCAAAAACGUCGACGGAUUGUCAAAGCAAGUUUCUGAGACGCCCAAAAGCAAUAUGACUUCCACGGCUUCACUGCCCCAAAAUGGGAGGAGCAAGCCCACAAUGUCAGCCGAUCAAAACAACACAGAAUUUAUCGCAACUGCUGGACAAUUGGAAUUAUCUUUAACACUAAAUUGUGAACAAAAUGUAAUUACAGACAUUAAAAACAAACUGGACGCUGCUUCUUUGGGGCCGGAAGAAACAAAAAAUGAAGAGUCAGCAACAAAUUUUUUAUCGUCAGUGGAUCAAAAUGGUUCCGAAGGUUUUGUAAAAGAAACCAUCGCAAAACCAGAUCGUUUGGAUUUGCCCCUAAACAACUCGGAUGCAUUUUCUUUAAGGGCUAAAACCGAAAGAGUAAAAUCCUCUUCGAAAUCUCCGUCGGUUGAGAAAAUUAGCAAAACGCCAACUAGAAACACCGGCGCGUCUCUUUCUGUGUCCCAAAACAGGGUCAAAAGUAGCGAUUCUACGCCCAAAAGAGUUUCAGAGUCUCCAACAAAACCAAAAAUCAUCACGAAAUCGCCCUCCCGUGACAAAAUGGACAAGAAAGCGUUUAGAUAUUCGAUCGGUGCGUUGCCGGGACCAGGAGCGCCCCUAAUCAAGAUGGCGGAUGAGGCUUCACUGCCCAAAUGUGCCAUGGCGCUACCUUCAAAACCUAAACCAAUAACAAAAUCUCCAUCGAAGGACAAAAUGCCUUUAAGAUCGACUAGUGACAUGUCUUCAAUGCCUCAGUACAAGAUGGCGACGGCUUCUUCAAUGGCCAAGGCUGUUUCAAAGUGUUCUUCAAUCGAAAAAAGUCCCGCCAAAAAUGCUACGGAAUUGUCUGUGACGCCCCAAAACAAAAAGGAGGACAGUGCUUCAUCGCCCAAAACCAAUAUGGCAACUUCAACAAAACCGAGGACUGUCCCUAGAACCCCUUCAGUUGACAAAAUGGAUGUAAUCACGAGCAAAAAUGCUGCUGAAUUAUCUGUGACGCCUCAAAACAAGAUGGCGGACGCAUGUUUAGUGCCUCAACCCACGUCGACGUCCCCGACAAAACCGCAAACUAGUUCAAAGUUUCUCGAGAGAACUCCCUCUAGAAAGACUCUGAGGAAGGAGUUGUCUUGUCCGUCCGAGCCUUCUCCAGCCUCUGCUUCAGACCGGCGGGCGUCUUUGAGACCGCCGUGGAGGGGCGGAGCUUGGACCCCGUCCCGUAGCCAGACCAGCCCCAGCCUCGCCCAGUCCGGGUUCAUUCGGCGCAGCGAGAGCUCCAUGUCGGUGAACGCGGGGUUGAGGAGCAGGGCGGGGUUGAUCCGUCCGGCCACGUCGCUGCCUCACAUCCCCAAGUCCUCGUCCAGUUCUCGACCCUGCCUCCUGGUGGCGCUGCGACCCACGAACCUGCAGCAGGAGAAGGAUCGCUUCUUUGAGUCGGGUUUUAAAUAUGAGCCUCAGUUUGAGUACGAGGAGGCGGAGCUGUCGGCCGUACUGGAGAAAUACAGAGUGGGAUCGGACCUGUUCUUACAGCAGGCCGUCGGGAUCAUGGAGUGUGUGCUGAGGAAGUACGGCUCUUAUGAAAUCUUCGAGGAGGCCACAGGAGGAGCCAUUUUACCCAAGAGCCAGGUGUGGGCGGCGGUGAGGAAGUACCUGCAGAAGGAGGGCUGUGUGGGAGAGGUGGUAGUCCGUCUGUCAGAUGAGCUCCUGUCUCAGGCGGUGAUGGUGAUAGAAAACUGCCGUCCCACUUUGACCAUAAACCUGGCGGGGGCGCGGCAGCACUGGCUCGAGGGGAUGCUCCGCCAUGAGAUCGGCACACAUUACCUGCGCGGGGUGAACAACAACCUGCAGCCGUGGUCGUCCUCAGACCAGCGGAAGGCUCUGGGUCUGAGAGGAGCCAACCCCACGGAGGAGGGCCUGGCGUCUCUGCACAGCGUCCUGCUCCGGAAACAGCCCUUCCUCUGGAGAGCCGCUCUGCUCUACUACACCGUGCACCACGCCUCCCACAUGAGCUUCACUCAGCUCUUCCACCACAUCCAGAGGUUUGUGAGCAGCCCCGAGGUGCGCUGGGAGUACUGCCUCCGGGCCAAGAGGGGGCAGACCGACACCUCCAAACCAGGCUGCUUCAGUAAAGACCAGGUUUAUCUGGACGGGAUUCUGAGGAUCCUGAGACAUCGAAGAAACAUCGACUUCCAGCUGCUCACGGCUCUGGGAAAGGUGUCUUUCGAGGACGUGGAGCGGCUGCGUUCUCUGGCCGUCCUCUCGCGCACCAGAAUCCCGCACUUCAUGACCGACCCGGACAAAUAUCUGUCCCACCUGGAUCACAUCGUCUCCGUGAACGAGCUGAGCGACGAGGAGCUGGAGAGACUGCUGCCCUGAGACCCGAGACCCGAGACUGACCGCGGCGCAGGACACAGGGGGCGCUAGAGAGACUGUGGUACAACACUUUAACUACAGCAAAACAGGAGGGGCUCAGAAGGACACGAAACAAAGAGAGCAGGGGUUUAUGGGUAAAUAUCUGCUGGUUAUAUCCGUGUAAAGAAAUAAAGAAUCAUUCUGUCACUGCUGCAGACAAUAACUGGCCACGAUUUUAGGUACAACACUCGGAGAAAUGACCGACCAACGCCAACAGAAAUCACAUCGUAAUUAUUAUUAUUAUAUUUUUAUGUAGUUGUAUUUUAACGAUAUAGCUUUUAGUUUUUCGUUUCCUGCUCGUUAAAGUGCCUGUACCUGAUUUUUUUGUCCACAUAUUUGAGCAAAUUCCGCUGUGAACUAUUUACCGUGUUUUCUGAAUUAUAAGGUGCUCCUUUUUUCUCACACUUUGAACCCUGCGUCUUAAACGAUGUGGCGAAUAUAUGCACAGAUUACCGUAUUUUCCGGACAAUAAGUCGCUCCAGACUUUAAAUCAAGACUAGAGGCUCUCGCGGCUUCUGUGUGAAAGUGUUAAUAUAGAAAUUGCUCCUGAUUAUAAGUCGCAAGAAACACCAUGAAACCAUGAAAAAAGUGCCACUUAUAAAAAUAUGGCUUUUUGUUCUCUUCAUGUUAUGAUUUCUGUGCAGCACUUUGGAAACGGCUUUGCAUGUAAAAUGUGCUGUAGAAAAAAGUGGAUUUGGAUUUGGAUACUAUAACAGUUAAGGUUUAAGCGAGGAAUACAUUUUAACCUCUGCAAAUUGUAAAUGAAAAUUACUUUUUUCAUGUUUUUAGCCCUUGUGCUUUCCUCAAAGGGAUACAGAGACGUACAAAUGUACAGAUAUAAUAUAACCCUCUGAGGUUAAAACAGCUUCCAAAUAAAUAAAGAGCAUAAAUACCACAAGGCACACAAACAACAGAGACAAUAUAAGGCCAAGUCACAUGGCUGUUAUGUGACCGGGUCAAAUGGACCCAUAGAUCUAUGGGUCCAUUUGACCCGGUCACAUUUGUACCCCUCUGUAUCCCUCUGAGGACGGCACAAGGGUUAAGACAGUAAAAAUCAGGUACAAGCGUCUUUAAGCACACAGGAGCUUCACCGAAUGAGACAAAAUGCCAUAAUCAGCAACUACGUGUAAUAUUAUGUUAACAUGAUCAGGUUACCGUAUUUUUCAGACUAUAAGUUGCUCUGGAGUAUAAGUCACACCAGCCAAAAAAUAUGUCAUGAAGAAGAAAAAACAUAUAUAAGUGGCACUUUUUGGGGGGAAAUUUAUUUGAUAAAAUCAGGAGCCAGGAGACCAGGACAGGCGGAUCGGUGCAGUGUCGGCAGUGGUGCGGUCACUGUAUCGGACCGUUGUGGUGAAGAGGGAUUUACCAGGAUUUACCUCUCAAUUUACCGCUCAGUCUUCGUUCCUACUCUCACCUCUGGUCAUGAGCUCUGGGUAGUGACCGAAAGGACGAGAUUGUGGAUACAAGCGCUCGAAAUGAGUUUCCUCCGCAGGGUGUCUGGGGCUCCCUUAGAGAUAGAGUGAGGAGCUCAGUCACACGGGAGGAGCUCGGAGUAGAGCCGCUGCUCCUCCACGUCGAGAGGAGCCAGUUGAGGCUCGGGCAUCUGUUCUGAUGCCUCCUGGACGUCUCCCUCGGGAGGUGUUCUGGGCAUGUCCCACCAGGAGGAGGCCCCGGGGAAGACCCAGGACACACUGGAGGGACUAUGUCUCUGGGCUGGCCUGGGAACACCUCGGGGUCCCCCCGGAGGAGCUGGAGGACGUGUCUGGGGUGAAGGAAGUCUGGGAGUCUCUGCUUAGACUGCUGCCCCCGUGACCCGUGCGACCUUUCACUCCAAACUUUCUUUCUGCUGCUUGAUUAUCGUUUUCAGCUGCAGAUUUCACGACUUGCAGUUUGUAAUCUGCAAAAUCAGAUUUUUUUUUUGGGGGCAUUUCAGUUCAGUCUUCUCAGUCGUCUUUAUAAGUUUGUAACGGUGCGAUCGACUGACAUGAUACAGACAGGACAGAGGCUCUUUCUGCAGGAGACAUGUGCAGUAGAGUGAAGUGACAGUGGUACAGGAGGAACAGGAGCAGCAGAUACUCACACACAAGACUAGAACCUCUCCACACUUCACGAAAAACAUUUUAUACAAGUCGCACUGGAGAAUAAGUCACAGGAAACACCCAAACCAUGAAAAAAGUGCCACUUACAGUCCGAAAAAUACGGCAUUAGAUGUUUUUAAUUCAGUUUUAUGCUUAAUUAUCCGUCCAUUCACGCUCCAGCACACGUCUGAUAUUAUGCAAAAGUACGAUCUGAUUCGUCGCUUGUUUUCUCGGUCUUCGCCCUCCUGCAAACCUGAGCUCGUGUACCUAACGCGUGGCCAGUCAGUGUCGAUCUAACUCACUUUACACCAUCGAAUCCAGCAGCGAAAACCCCGAGAUGUGUGCGACGUCCGAUCUUAAGGACUAUAACCUUUUCUUACAUUUACUCCGCAUUAACCUGUAUUUAUUUAAGACAAACUUGAAUAUUGUGAAGAGAACGGACCUGCAUGUACCUCAUUUAUACGACCACACUACUCACACGUAAACCACACGAGACAAUAUUAGUAUUAGACACACACUGAGGGAGUUAAGCAGGUUCAUUUAAAGGUGCAUUGUGUAACUUUUCUGGUAAAGCGUCCGUCACAAGUUUGUUUUUCUACAUUUAUUAUACUACAAGUGGAUUUACAGAUCAAAAAAAUAAAGAUCUGACCUGUAACUUGGUUUAGUUUGGGCUCCGUGAUGAUAGAAAUUUUAGUUUUUUUUAAACAAAAUUUUAACGUCUCCUUUGGGGGGAAAAAAACUUGAAAAAUUGACGGGCACUGCACCAGAAAAGAUUUGUAGUACAUGUUUUGAUCUGACUAAAAGAACGUUCCGUCGCUUAUAAAAAUAUACAAAACAAAAAUAUGCUCGUAGUUUAGGAUUUCUUAGUGGAGUUGUUGAAAAUAUGCAGUAUUAUAAAACCAAAACUCACAACAGAACUAGAGCAGGAUUAGAUCGGGACUAGAGCGGGACUAGAGCAGGACUAGAGCGGGACUAGAGCAGGACUAGAGCAGGAUUAGAGCGGGACUAGAGCGGGACUAGAGCAGGAUUAGAUCGGGACUAGAGCGGGACUAGAGCAGGACUAGAGUGGGACUAGAGUGGAGUUAGAGCGGGACUAAAGGGGGACUAGAGCAUGAGUAAACUGGAACUAGAGCAGGACUAGAAGAGGAUUAAGACAGGACUAGAGCGGGACUAAAGUGGGACUAGAGCAGGACUAAAGUGGGACAAAAAUGGGACUAGAGCAGGACUAGAGGGGGACUAGAGCAGAAUUAGACCAGAACUAGAGCAGAACUAGAGCGGGACUAGAGUGGGACUAGAGCAGGACUAGAGCGGGACUAAAGUGGGACUAGAGCAGGAUUAGACCAGGACUGGAGCAGAACUAGAGCGGGACUAGAGUGGGACUAGAGCAGGAUUAGAGUAGGACUAGAGCAGGACUAGAGCAGGAUUAGACUAGGACUAGAGCAGGAUUAGACCGGGACUAGAGCAGAACUAGAGCGGGACUAGAACAGAACUAAAGCGGGACUAGAGCGGGACUAGAGCGAGACUAGAGCGAGACUAGAGCGAGACUAGACCAGGACUAGAGCAGGACUAGAGGGGGAAUAGAGUGGUACUAGAGUAGGACUAGAAAAGAAGUAAACUGGGACUAGAGCAAGACUAGACCAGGACCAGAGCAGAACUAGAGCGGGACUAGAACAGAACUAAAACGGGAUUAGAGUGGGACUAGAACAGGACUAGAGUGGGACUAGACUGGGACUAGAUCGGGAUUAGAGCAGGACUAGAGUGGGACUAGACCAGGACUAGGACAGGAUUUAAAAACAGGACUACAGCAGGAUUUAAAAACUAGAACAGGACAGGAUUAGGAAAGGACUAGACAAGGACUAGAGCAGGAUUAGGACAGGACUAAAACAGGACUUAAAACAGGACUACAUCAGGACUUAAAAACUAGGACUAGAACAUGACUAGGACAGGAUUAGACCAGGACUAGACCAGCGAUUAAAAACUGGGAUUAGACCAUUACUAAAAAUAGGGUUAUGUCAGGACUAGAACUGGAUUAGACCAAGACUAGACCUAGACAAGGACAGGAUUUAGACCAAGAUCAAAAGUUUACACCAGGACUAAACUGGGCUCAGACCAGGACCAGGACCAGUCACACAGGCACCGUUUUAAACCUGCUUCACUCUCCUCUCGUCACGAUCAAACACUCGAGUUUUGCACUGAUUUUGUCUUUAAAUAUUUGAAUGUUUUUUGGUCACAGCUUUAUUUUGAUGUUUUUAGCCUUUUAUGCCUUUUACCGAACAGUAAACCACUCGCAGAAAUCCAGUGUAUCCUAGUGCCACAAGUUAAUAUCAGUGUUUAUACAAAGAAACGAAGAAAAGAGGAGUGAAGGAAAAAGGAAAAGAAGAACGACUGAGACUUGAUGACUUCACCUAUAAGUCAGUUGAUGUUUAAAGAGGGGGUAUUUGGAGGUUUCUCCCGUAUCGAAAACACGCCUGAAGAGGGUUUAGAGUCAUCCAGGCAUGUUUGAGUAAUCUAGUGAUCUCUCUCGGGCCCUAUUCAAACCCUUAUUACAGUUUGAUCAGUGUUUCUCAAAGUUUUUUUCUGGGGACCCAUAUUUUAAAAGUCACAAACCUUCGCGACCCAAGUCAAUAGACAUUAUUCAUAAAUCACAAAAUAAAGGUGGAUUUGACCAUUAUUGAACAUUUAUGAGAAUAUUUUAUUGUUGACUGAGUGAUCGUGUCACUGAACAGUUAAAAUUACUCAGUAAUUGAACCUGAAGUGCACUUUGCUGAUUUAUCAUAUUCUUUUUGGACAAACCAAGCAACAUUUCUCAACUUUAGUUGCAGAAACACUCGUUCAGAGCAGAUAUUCCCUGACUCCCUCCCUCAUGUGUCAGAACUGUACAUCACAGAUCUAUAUGCAGAUCAUGACAAGGAGAAAAAAAUCUCUUGCGACCCACCUGAGGGUCUCGACCCAGUCGAAUGAGUUAAGGCCAAUUUACAGUCCAGCGUCAAAUCGUCUGCACCACGACGUGGAGAGUCUGCGUCAACAUGAACCCCUACGCAGAGCGUCUGCGUCGACCGACUUGCACCUCGGGAAUUUUCUAACUAUGCGUUGAAACGACGCAGAAAGCAGGGGAAGCGAUGCAGACGAUAAGGCCUGUGAUUGGUCCUUUCUAUCUAAUGUGUUUAGUGCAGCUUUGAGCACAUUUGUUUACGUUUUACAGAAAUAAAACUUUAAACCGCAUGGCUCAUUUGCAUAAACUCUGCAUUCAAAAAAACAGCUCACUGCUUGUGCUGACGCGAUUCAGCUUCUGUCGGACUUAAAAAGGACACAACUCAGACUGAAUAUGACAGAGGGGUGUUCUGCUGAGGCGAUGGCGGCAGGGCGCAUUGAGUCGACGCAGAACUGUACUUCGCCCUUUAGACGUACGAGUCCUACGUCAGGACCUACGUCGCCCACGUUCCCACACGACAAGUCUCCAUAAAUAUACAAAAACAUGACACAAAACUGACGUGAUUUGCUGUAGUUUCAUUAGUGGGAUGCACACUGAUUGAGUUGUGACAGCGCUCUGAAGGGGGAGUAACUUAGCAAGGGGAGGAAAGGGAGGAGAGACACAGACCAUCAAAAACUAAAUUGAAAACCUAUUAAAUGUGUGAAAAUAUAGCAUUUUCAAAUAAAAUAUAACAUGGGGAUCUGACUAUGUGACGUGUUAGCAGUUAAUACCCCCUCUUUAAAUAUUUUUGCAGUUUUCACAAUCUGCAUUUGAUAAUGAAGAACGAUAAAGGAAAGGAGGUAGGAGAUAAGGACAUCGGAAACAGAGGAGACAAGAGAAGGACUGAGCAGUUUUAUUUGUUUUGAAUUUUAAAUUUCAGGUUUACAAAAGUUGAAUCACCUCACAAUUUGCCUUUGUGUUUGUAAAAAAGCCAAUUGAAUGUUGCUUGUUUUAUUUUCAGGAAUUUAUAUCCAUCCAGUUUAUUUAUUAAAAACUCCAGCUUAUAAAGGGAGUCUCUGGCUUUU